CCCGGUGUUACUUAACGUGGUCCAGCGAUGCAGCUAUAAAACCUCAACCCCCCCACCCUUCUGGCUCUAGAGAGGUAGUGUUUCAGUAUAACUGAUGAGAAAAGAGUUUGUUAGGGCGUACCAGGGGAGAAUCUCACCGUACGAUCGGAUGGCGAGCAUGGAUGAAGGGCUGGGAGAGAGACACGUGGAGAGGUGGGCGAAAGGGAAGCAGAGAUCCAGGCGGCAGAGAUCGCCGGAGAUGGCGACGGAGGAGGAGAACCUGGCGCUGUGUUUGGUGAUGCUGGCGAGAGGAGAGUCAGAUCGGUGGCGAUCGGCGCCGACUUAUUCGUGCUCGGUGUGCGGGAAGGUGUUUGGAUCUUACCAGGCGUUGGGAGGGCAUAAGGCGAGUCAUCGGAAGCCGGCGGGAGGCGAGGAGACGGUGGCGGUGGCGGUGGUCGGAGGAGGAGGGGGGAAAGGGCAACACCAGUGCUCGGUUUGCUUGAAGACGUUUGCAUCUGGGCAAGCGCUGGGAGGGCAUAAGAGGUGUCACUAUGAUGGGAGCGGUGGAGUGACGGCGACGGAGACGGCGGUGGUGGUGACGAGAGGGUUUGAUUUGAACUUGCCGGCGGUGGGGGAGAUGGGGUUUGAAGCUGGACGGAGGUGCGCGGCGGCGGAGGAGGAGGAGGAGGAGGUGUUGAGCCCUUUGGUGAUGAAGAAGCCGAGGCUUUUGAUUCCGGCUUAGAAUUUUUAUUUAUUUUUUUCUAUUUUUAUUUUUAAGAAUUUGUUAUUCAUUGCAAUUUUAGUUAAAGUUUUUUUUAUUAGCUUUUGUUAUAAUUUGUGUUUUUUGUAUUUAUUUUUUUA